GCUGAUUGAUGACGCCGAUGCGUUUAGCGGCUUCGGAAAACAUAGUGUUUAAAUCUGUUCUAAUACCCUAUAAUUGAAAAAGAGGUUUAAUAGGUACCCGCUUCAUUACUUUGCUUCGCAAUAUUGAUGUUACAUGCAGGGUUCCUUCUGGCCUCCUUUCAGGCUACAACUACCCCAUCAACAGGACCUGAAGGCCGGGACUGAGGCAACGACACGUGGCACCUGCUGUCUUUUAGUGUUCUGUAUUCUGUUUGGGGGAGCUAGCCUCCCCCAACCUCUCUACCCCAUCCUUGUUGCUGGGUUGGGGAUUCCCCCAACAUGUCAUCCAUCCUGCCUUUCACUCCACCUGUGGUGAAGCGCCUGCUGGGCUGGAAGAAGUCAGCUUGUGGCUCUGCAGGAGGUGGGGGAGUGGAGCAGAACGGCCAGGAGGAGAAGUGGUGUGAGAAGGCUGUGAAAAGUCUGGUGAAGAAGCUGAAGAAGACUGGACAGUUGGACGAGCUGGAGAAAGCCAUUACUACUCAGAACUGUAACACAAAGUGUAUCACUAUACCCAGCCAUCUCCAGGCUAUGGCUCAGGCUCUGGAUAUUUAUCAAGUUGGGAACUUCGGCACAAAGGAGUGUGGCAACACCCCCACGCCUCCCCACCAUCACAGCAGCUCCAUCAGUACCCAAGCCCACUACCUUCUCCUUCCACUGGGAUAUGCCAGCCUUAUCCAAUGCUGUAGACAGAGAAAGACUUGUUUAUUGUUGUACUUAACGAGUGAAAACACGGCAACACAAACAGAUUCAAUAGCCAGGCUUACCAGCGCUCAUCGCAGCAUAAUGGCCAGGCCGUGUGGCGUGCUGGAGCCCUUCUACACCAAUAAAGAUGUUCUUGGGACGUCCACCGCUCAAGAUCCUGACAAGAACCCUUCCAGGUGUCUGCCACUCAUCAAUUGCUCUGAAAUCUGGGGCCUGAGUCCCGGCCAUAGGAUAGAACAGUGGGACACAUCAGGCCAGUACAGCUUCUCAGACCAGACCAGAUCUUUGGAUGGUCGUCUACAGGUGUCUCACAGGAAAGGCCUCCCCCAUGUGAUCUACUGUCGUUUGUGGCGUUGGCCCGACCUGCACAGCCACCAUGAGCUGAGGGCCAUGGAAACCUGUCAAUAUGCCUUCAAUCUAAAGAAGGAUGAGGUCUGCGUCAACCCCUACCACUACCAGAGAGUAGAGACCCCAGUUCUUCCACCAGUCCUUGUGCCACGACACACAGAGAUCCUGACUGAACUCCCUCCGCUAGAUGACUUUACACAUUCCAUCCCUGAAAACACCAACUUCCCUGCCGGGAUCGAACCCCCAAACAACUAUAUACCAGAGACACCACCCCCUGGAUACAUCAGUGAGGAUGGAGAGACUAGCGACCAACAGAUCAGUCAAAGUAUGGAUUCAGGUUCUCCGGCUGAGCUGUCUCCUAGCAGCACACUAUCUCCUGUCACUCACGGACUGGACCUGCAGCCAGUGACGUAUUCUGAGCCAGCAUUCUGGUGUUCUAUUGCUUAUUAUGAGCUGAACCAGAGGGUGGGAGAAACCUUCCAUGCAUCCCAGCCGUCCCUCACAGUGGAUGGUUUCACCGACCCGUCCAAUGCAGAGCGCUUCUGUCUGGGACUCCUCUCUAAUGUCAACCGCAACGCCACAGUGGAGAUGACCAGGAGACAUAUAGGCAGAGGAGUGCGGCUUUACUACAUUGGAGGAGAGGUGUUUGCAGAGUGUCUUAGUGACAGCGCCAUCUUUGUCCAGAGUCCCAACUGUAACCAGAGAUAUGGAUGGCAUCCAGCUACAGUGUGCAAGAUACCUCCAGGCUGUAAUUUGAAGAUCUUUAACAACCAGGAGUUUGCAGCUCUGCUUGCACAGUCAGUCAACCAGGGCUUUGAGGCAGUCUACCAGCUCACCAGAAUGUGUACCAUCCGUAUGAGUUUCGUCAAGGGCUGGGGAGCAGAGUACAGGCGGCAGACUGUGACUAGUACUCCAUGCUGGAUAGAGCUCCACCUGAACGGCCCUCUCCAGUGGCUGGACAAGGUUCUGACCCAGAUGGGAUCUCCCUCAGCACGCUGCUCCAGCAUGUCAUAAUGUGAGCAUGAUCAUCAUUCGAACACUGAGGACCAACCAGAACCAAGAACAGCAACAGACUUGAUAGUAUAAACCUGUUCCAUAGUCCGUGGUCCUCCCUCCUUCAUCCUGUGUCUUUGGUCACCUACACAGCACUUCAGUCACAUAAGCACCUUUUACUUUGUUCAUGUGUUGAAGUAGCGGAGCACCAUGAGGGUGGCUCAUUGCCAGAAGGGCACUUCUACGUUAUUUGUGUUGCAGGACAUUUUGUUCACUGUUGCACACAACCCUAUCUGAAGCAGGGAUUCCAGACUUCAGGACACCGAGUACAGAUGCUUUUCACUUUGGCCCUCCAGUCAUGGAGUAUUCUAGCCCUGGGACAUCAGGUGAUAUAUCUUAACUGCCAGGUAGAAUAGUAAACCAGCAGUACUCCAUUUCCCUCGGCUGUGAUUUGAAACGCUGAUGUAAAGGAUUUCUUUGGUCUCUAGACUAAAGGACUGGGGUUUUCCUGUCAGGAUUUUAAUAAAAAAGCCAGGAGACAUCUUCUAUUGUAAACCGAAUACUUACUGCCUGCUGUCCUGUAAAACAAACUUUCUCGAAGUGAGUUAGCUGUUGCUAGACAUCAUGCUUUAAUUCAGUAUGGAUAGGAAUGACUGACGUAAGUUCCAUAGUUCAAUAAAUAGAUUGUGAUUAUCUUCUAGACAGACACCUCUCUCUAGUUGUUUAACACAGUAGUCUGGUUUCAUAAGAGCAUUUUACAUUAUGCCCAACAUCCCAUUUGGAUAUCAGAUUGGCCUCGUAGUACAAAUCUUUCAAUGUUCAAGUAUUUAAUCUCUAACUAUUGAUGAACAUGGUUAAUCCUAAACAAUGACAGGAUUCUUUUUCCUUUAUCUUUCUUUCAGCUACUUUUUGUAUUGUCUUGUAUUUUUAUAUAUAAAUAUAUUUAAAAUAUUUAAAGCUCUCUUCCUUUUUAUUAGAAUUUAAUAUUUUUCUUUUUAUAGUACCCUAUCACAGCUUAAAUAUGCUGUCUGUGUUGUCUGGCAUUUGGUUGUGAAAUUGUGCUGAAUAUGGCCCCAUGCCUUUAAAACUAUUACUUUUCAAACUUGGAGUUUCAUAUCUCAUAUGAUAGUGAUUCUACUUGUAGAAUAUGCACAUAUAAACAGCAUAGGACACAUCCAGCCAGAAAUGGGAUGUUUUACAACAUUCUGUUGAUCAGAAAAGUCCCAGACUGCAUCUGAGUUGACUUAUGAACACAUGGUUUUCAUAGACUCCUGGGUUUCACUAAAGUGGUUUCACCAUCAUGUUGCUCCUGAAUAACAAUUAAAGAUUUUAAAAGACUCAAGACUUCCAACUGUCCUUUCCAAAUAUAAUUUUUUCUGUUGUCUUGUACCUCUUUAAAACCCCACUUGUGACCAGAGGGUUCAUCUAAUUCUGUAACACACAACAAUGGUAACCUGAGGGUUUCAUCUAACUAUCUAAAAGUUAAUGUUGAAUCCUUCCGACAGCUGCAUUGUUCUUCUAGCAUUUUAAUGGGAAAAGUACACCAGGCUGCUGCUUCAGGAUAUAUUAGCAAUUUACUUUUUAGGGCAGCGGCAAUAUUAUAUACAGCGUUGUUGAUAAUGAGGCAGACAAGAAUUUGAUAUUUGGGCACAGUACUACAAAUGUUUGGGACGUUAAAGUAUUGUAAUUCCCUGUUUAUAACCUACAGUGUACAACCCGCACCAAUCAUUUUUUAGCUUUGUGUGUAUACACACCCAAGUAUUAAUCACACCCACAUUUAAACUACAUUUAACCAGAGUAUUAUGACUCGUACCUACAGUGGGGAGAACAAGUAUUUGAUACACUGACG